AUGCAGUUGCUCGAGACGUGGGCAACGGCGCACCUCGAGGCACUGGGCGUCGACAGAGUGUUUGCGCCCUACAUUGUAGCCAUGUUGCCACCGCACAUGGAGCUCGACCGCGACCGUCUGGAGGAAGCCAAGUGCAACAUCCACGAGGUGCUCAUGGGGUGGCUCGCCCCCGAAGACGAGGACCGUGUGCUGGAGUUUGUCGAUGAGCUGGUGACGCUCGCGGAAAAUGCGGUGCAGCUCACGGACGCCGCAACGGCGUUAGCCGCUCACUGCAGUGGCCAUCGUGUGCAUCUGAAGGACGACAUUCAUCAAAUGGCUGACCAGGGAGAAGAGCUCAAGGCGUCGGCGCCGUCGUUCGUGCCUCGCCAGUUGCUGUCGCCCGCCGUUGCCGAGUUUCACCCGACGACGACGACAGUGACGCACAGUGAGACGGAUGUGGCUCAGGACAGGCAAACGACGUGUUUGUCGACGCCGCUGUGUGCGCCACCGCCUCAUUUGCAGAGCAAGGGGGCGUACGAGAAGGACGAUGCGGACGACAGGAAGCAAGCGGACGACGCGCAGGACGGUCUGGAGGACGCUAUGCAGAACGAAGACAGUUUCUUUUGGUCCGUGGCUUACGAGUUGGUGAGCCACUUGCAGCUUAAGUUCCAGGAUAUCGACCCCGAUCGAAUGUGCGAGCUCUUGCGACUUGUGGGACUGGACGUGGACAAGGCCCAUGCCGUACUGAAGGUGACGAUUGAGCGUGAGUCGGUCGGACCCAGCCAAGUGUGUCGUCACUACAUGCAAGGCGAUUGUCGCCGCGCAGAUUGUAUGUUUCUGCACGACACGAACAUGAUAACCUGUCGGUUCUGGCUGCGUGGCUCGUGUCUGCAAGCAGAGCACUGCGUAUUUGCGCACGAUUUCUGCGAAUACUAUUCGAUGGAUGACAAUGCGCUGGGCCGGCGUGAUUACGACAGCGAGGACGAAAUGGACCAGAACAGCACAUCUCUGGACAUCCAAGCUGAAGACGCGUUUCCGUCCCUCCAGAGCGCCUCAAAAGCGCCUUUGGCUGCGCGGGAACCCCCGGCAAGAGGUGACACCACGUCGUCCGAAGUCAUGAUGGACGCCUACCCGUCGACGAACGAUGUCGUGGCGAAUCUCACCAUGAACUUUGCUCGCGCUGUAGCGCUACAGCCAAGACGCGCAGCAGUCACUCGUCCAUCAAGCAACGGCAGCUACGGCAUGCACCCGACGCGACGACCGCCACCUCCACCGUCUGUGCACCGCCUGCUGUAUCACAAGAGCGGGAGCAGUGACAGUAUCGGGACCAAGUGGCUUUCGACCGGCCAGGCUGUGGCGAUGCAGUACCUGAAGUUGCGCGAGCGGGCCUACGAAAUGGCGUGCGCGCGCAACAAGUGCUUCAUGGGCGCCACGCAGGCGUAUCGAAGUGGUAACAAAGCACUGGCGAAAGGACUGUCAAAGCAAGGGCACGAGUACAAUACCAAGAUGAAGCACCUGCACUUUUUGGCAGCGUCCGAGAUCUUCGAGUCGCGCAACCCGCCGAACCAGUUGUACAUGGAUCGGAUGAUGGACCUUCAUGGACUGCACGUAGCUGAGGCUGUCGAAUUUCUUUCCCAGAUGCUGCCUAAGCUUGCAGACGAAGGUGUGGACAGCAUAUACUUGGUCACAGGUUCCGGGCACCAUUCCAGGGGUCCGGACGGCAAUGCGCGUCUACUGCCAGCAGUCGAGCGCUUUUUGGCCGGCGAGGGCUACCAGUUUUCACGCGUGGCGGACGGCGCAGGGUUUGUGGGGAUGCUGCUAGUAGACUUGCAGUGGUAA